GGAGCCGAGAGCUCAAACGGAACGCCCGUCAUCAACCAUGAUGAUCAUGGCCCAAGCAGAUCUGUACAGAUUAAGCUCGACGGGUCACAGUUCAGCGACGUCUCGGUCUUCCACUCACCGCAAGCAUCACACAUGCAUGGAGUCAGGAGAGACGGGAUGGGCAGGACGGGCAGGGCAGCACGGACGAGAGGGUGAGACACACAGGACUGAAAAAGAAGGAGAUCCGCGACUGAGUAGAUCUCAAUGUCCAAUAUUUUUCACUUAAAAACCGCUGGUCGUGUCGCUGCUCGCUUGAUUACAUUCCUCUUCUUCAAUCCAUCUUCAAUUCAUCUUUAACUAUCACCUAAGUCGAACUCUCUUCAAGAUGGUCAGGUACGCUCUUGUUGCCUCGUGCAUCGGCUUGGCCGCGGCCAUGCCUCUCAACCUCGGGGUUCCGACACCAACCCCGGCCGCAGGCGCCGUCAACUCCCCCUUUGGUGAAGACACACCUGCACCCGCAGUCCCGUCCGUGCCGUCCGUACCGGUGGCCAAGCCUGCCGUGCUCCCCAAGCGCGAUGACACCCCCGCUGUCCCAUCAGUGCCCGUACCGGAGCCUUCGGUGCCCGCGGUCGAGCCUGCCGUACUCCCCAACCGCAAGGACACCCCCGCCGUCCCGUCAGUCCCGGUGCCGGAGCCGUCUGUACCAGAGCCUUCGGUGCCCGCGGUCAAGCCUGCCGUACUCCCCAAGCGCGAUGACACCCCCGCCGUCCCGUCCGUCCCGUCUGUCCCGGUGCCGGAGCCUUCGGUACCCGCGGUCAAGCCUGCCGUGCUCCCUAACCGCGAGGGCACCCCCGCCGUCCCGUCCGUCCCGUCUAUCCCGGUGCCGGAGCCUUCGGUGCCCGCGGUCAAGCCUGCCGUACUCCCCAAGCGCGAGGACCUUCCCGCACCCCCCGUCCCGUCAGUCCCGGUGCCGGAGCCGUCGGUGCCCGCGGUCAAGCCUGCCGUACUCCCCAAGCGCGAGGACACCCCCGCUGUCCCGUCCGUCCCAUCAGUGCCCGUACCGGAGCCUUCGGUGCCCGCGGUCAAGCCUGCCGUACUCCCCAAUCGCGAGGACCGCCCCGCACCCCCCACCCCGUCCGUGGCCGUGCCUGCCGUCCCCAAGCGCGACGGCAGCGCCUUGGACAAGGGCAUCCCGAAGGUGGACGGUGACGCGAUCGCUGUCGUGGGUUGCAAGGGGCUUGCUGAUGUACCCACGCCUGAUCCAGUGGAUGGUAAGGGUUGCGGGUCGGAGAGUGGGGAAGAGAGCGAUGGGGAAUCCUCCGAGAGCGAUGGGGAGUCCUCUGAGAGCGAUGAGGAUUCCGGGGAGGAGAGUGAUGAGGAGUCAGGGUGAUGAUUAGAGGGUGUGUGGUUUGUCCGGUUGUUUUUUUUUACUUCGAUCGGCUGUGUUCAGGUUUAAUUAGAUGUUUCUAAUAUAUGUUCUGCUUUGGUUCGGCCAGUCUGAAUUGC